AUGGCUGAAGCACGAGAUAUACCAGCCGGAACGUACGACCUGAAGCUUGGAGAAACGUUUCAAGAUGCUGCCGAUAAGCCGGCUUAUCAUACGCUGAGAUUUGACUUCAAACCCAAAUCGGUGGCCUCCGAAACGGAAACCUAUCUGGCCUUCGGCGGAAACGGUGACGUUCAGGUAGCUGUACCGGGUGAAGGUGAUUCGUUGACGAUUUACAAAGGAGCGCGGAAACCGGUCAAAGUCGACAAAGAAUGUCUUCUGUUCUUUGAUCAUAAUACCGGAGAGGUUCGUCUCGAAAAGCUAUCAUCGAAUAUUUCUGUAAAGAAGACAAGAGAUACGGAUGAGGCAACCGUUUCGGUGAUUCGUAACGAGAUACGAAAAUUACGAAAGAAAGCACAGAAGAGUGUGGUGAACGAAGGUGAGGAUGAAGAAAUGGACGAUGCUAAGAGUUCCUCUGGUUCAUCGUCGAGUUCCUCAUCGGAAAGUGGAGAAGAUUCAGAUUCCGAUUCGUCUUCGUCAAGCGCCAGGCGUUCCACUGCUGGUACGGCUAAAGAAGCGGACGCGGAUAGCAGUGAUGGCGAGGGCAAUAACAGUGCUUCUGGUAGUAAUGAUGACGACGAUUUACAAGAUCAGUUAGAGCAACAGCUGAAUGCCGACUCGAUGCCAGCCAUUGAAAAUAUUUCGUCAUAUCAGAACAACGCAAAACAUCAAGCCUCAUCAAAUUCAUAUUCAUCGCAAUCUCAUCAUAAUAACCAUACGAAUAAUACCAAAAAAUUACUCGAUGAUGACUUGCAAUUAAGUGAAAGUUCUGAUGAUGAUUGA